AUGUCGGUCUCAGCAGUUGCCUCGCUGAGGCCCCUGAGAGGGAAGUGUCUGCAGCAUGCAACCUCCGGCCUCCUCUCCGUCCAGCUCCGGUCGCGAACCGCCACAUUCAACUUCCGUGCCGUUAUCAAACUCCGACCCGAUCAGCGCCGGUUCCAAACCACCAAGCCGCCUAACAAUCGCCAGGAUGGAGACUUGGAAGCCAGAAAGAAUCAGUUACCGAAGAAGAGUCAACCGCCGACGCAGCCGCAAAUCACAUUUCGUCAAUUUGCUGGUCGUGCUCUUGCUGCUGGUCUGCGCAGUCUUGUAGUUGCCAUGAGUCCAACCGGCAUCAAGACGGCUUAUAGACAAAGUCCAGGAGCUACAACACUAGGAAUCUUCGUCCUUGGUGUCGUAUCCAUCAUUGGCGCAUAUACCGUCUACCUCUACUUCAACUACUUCUACCACUACCAGUUCACGAGAUAUCCCAAGCCUAUCGCAAACUCCUUACGGCGCGCUUUAUACUACACCAACAUCAGUCCCGACUCCGAACUAGCGCUCAAAUAUUACAAGCGUGCUAUGGACCAAUGCGCCGAGCAUGGCUUAGACCCUUACUCCGACGAGGUUCUUGGUAUCCGAAUUCAAACAUCAUACUGGCUGGAGAAGAUCACAAACUACAAUGGAUGUCUACACGUUUUGGAAGGAAUUCUUGCCGACUGUAACAGAUGGAUUCAUGUGAUGGAGCAAUCAGUUAAGGACGGCAAGAUUAACGACGAAGGCAAGCUUAUCAAGCCUGCAUCAGAAACCGAAGCCCCUGCGAACCAAGUCAUCGACAACGCUACUUCUACUCCGAAGCAAGAGAAUGCCGAAGAGGAUGUCGUAACUGAAAGCCUGUGGCAUAAAAGACAACGUAUCCUCGCCAAGACUGUCGGAAUCGCCAUCAAACUCGGAGAGCUGUACGGCGACGAACACGUUCUCGACCCUGACAACUCUCAAAAGCAUCUCAUCUGGGCUGUCGAAACUUCUCUGAAGGAAGCCCGCCGUCGCAAGGAAGAGGGCGUCAAGCCUGGAGAGGGCGACUGGCUAAGCCCUGAACAAGUGGGCGGUGCCAUGGAAUCCUUGGGCCGUGACUACGAGCGCAAGAGCCAAUUCCACCUCGCCAUUCCUCUCUUCUUCCGGGCCCUCCGCCUUUGCGAAACCCCCUGCCACCGUCCCGUCAUCAUGAACAACCUCGCCGCUAGCUUUGCCCAGCACCCCAUGUUUGUACCAGCCAACAGUGAGCCCUCCGACGCAAUCAAGGAGUCGGAUGACCCUGCCAUGCCCGCUACUCGAAAGGAGUGCCUGGAGGCUGCCCAGAACUGGGCAAAGAAUGCCUACAAGCAUGGUAAGGAUGUUACUGGCAGCGAACGCACAGCUGAGUGUGACGAGGCCUGUGCUGUAGCUCUGUGCAACUGGGGCGAUGUCGCGGCCAUGCUGGGCAACAAUGAGUUGGCUCGCAAGAAGUACAAGCAGUGUAUCGACAUGGCGGGCAAGCUUGGUUUCCCGGAUGCAGUGAAGCAGGCCCGCGCGGGACUUGCAAAGCUUGACAGUAAGAAAUAA